CAUGGCGGCUCCUGUCCUUUCCGUCUGUGUCUGCCGCCUGCCCGCGGCCUUCGCGCCGCUGCCCCGGCUUCCCACACUGGCCUUGGCCCGGCCACUCAGCAUCACUGUCUGCCCUGAAGGAACCCGGAGGAGGUCCGGGACUCUGCAGUUCGCCCGGGCCCUCAUGCAGGUGCCUGGAAGGGUCACACACUUGUGCCGCCAGUACAGUGACGCACCCCCUUUGACGUUAGAGGGAAUUAAGGACCGAGUGCUGUAUGACAAGAUUGACCCAGAAAAGCUCUCAGUAAAUUCUCAUUUUAUGAAGGACCUGGGCUUAGACAGUUUGGACCAAGUGGAGAUUAUUAUGGCCAUAGAAGACGAAUUUGGAUUUGAAAUUCCUGAUAUAGAUGCAGAGAAGUUAAUGUGUCCACAAGAAAUUAUAGAUUACAUUGCAUAUAAGAAGGAUGUAUAUGAAUAAAGUUUCAGGGCCU